AAUGAAGUACCAAUAAUUCCGAAAUUACUCCGUAUUCUAACUGCAUUUCUUUUGCUUCUAUACAUACGGAGUAUAUAUAUUUCGCAUUUCUGAGAAAAUCAUGCACCGAGUUUGUGCUUAGUUGCUUGCUUGCAAAUUUUAAUGCACGUAGCGUAGAGCUCAUAGUUCAUUCGCUGGUUUCUAACUUGUCAUAGACACUUAUGGAUCAUGAGCUUGGGAGGUUGCCUGCCUGCUUCUAUAUAAAGAGACUCGGGUUGGAGAAUGAGAGCGAGGAUGUCCUUUCAUCCAUUACACAACAACGUCCUAACCACACUCUUUCAACAGACUCGGCUCGCGUGAUCAACUAUCUUAACAACAUACUAUUGGACGAGAAUAAUGAUGACUUGUUGUGCCCUGAUCCUGUUGCGCUAAGAGCUGCUGAGGAUUACUUUUAUGAAGCCUUGGGCGAGAACGUCUCCUUUGACAACAAUGUUGUAAGCCCAAAAGACAUCUCAGUUGGGACCUCUAGUUCUCAUAUUGAUAUCUAUAAUUCUGAUCAAGAAGUCACAAGUGAUCCUCCCCGUCUCUCCAUUCAGUCUUCUUCAUCAAGUAAGACUAACUUGCAUGGGAUAAAUGGCUCUUUAUACAGCUUUGAUAGUGCUGAUUUGAAUCCAAAUUUAUAUUUUGAUAAUGUGGCUGCCUCCAUAUACCAAUUCAAGAGAGGUGUGGAGGAAGGUAGAAGAUUCUUUCCUGCCAAUAAUCCAAUGGUCAUCCAUUUCGACGAUAAAUACUCAUUGAACCUAGAGAUCAAGGAAUUGAACAGUGGUAGUGCUGUGAGUGAAACGAAUGACCAUUCAGAUGAUUCAUGUAGAGGAAGGAAGCACUUCCGUGCAGGUGAAAGUGGGCUAGAAGAAGAAACAGAAGAGCAAAGGAGUAGGAAGCAGAGUGCAGUUUAUAAGGAGGAGGAUGACUUGUUAGAGGUGUUUGACAAGGUUUUGCUGUGUGAUAAUGAUGAUGAUGAUGAUGAUUGUCCAUCUGCAGUCAGAAAACAACCACAGAAAGGCCAAAACGGGCGCAAGGGCCGCCCAAGUAAACAAGGAGGAAAUGGUUGUGAAAUUGUUGACAUCCAAUUUCUUUUGAUCAGCUGUGCAAAAUUUGUUUCUGCUGCUAAUUACAAGAGUGCUGCAGAAAAACUAAAGGAAAUCAGACGUUACUCUUCUCCUACCGGUGACGCAAAUCAAAGGGUGGCGCAUGCUUUUGCUGAAGGUCUUGAGGCACGGCUGGCUGGAGCUGAGUCGCAACUUUUGGCUUCAAUAUCACUUCGCAAGAUGAAUUGUGUUUCAAGUUAUGCUUCCGAAUUAAUGAAAUCCCACUUGUCAUCAUCUUUGCCAUUUCUGAGGUUAUUUGUCUUCUUUGCGAAUAAAAUGAUUUACGAAGUAGCAUCGAAAGCCACAUCACUGCACAUUAUAGAUUUUGGCAUUCUUCAUGGUAUUCAGUGGCCAACUCUUAUUCGAGAUCUUUCACAAAGACACGGUGGUCCUCCAAAACUUCGAAUAACUGGGAUUGAGCUUCCCCAACCUGGUUUUCGUCCAUCUCAAACAGUAGUGGACACUGGUUGUCGCUUGGCUAGAUAUUGCAAGCGCUUUAAUGUACCGUUCGAAUACAAUGCCAUAACUGCGAAGAAUUGGGAGGCACUUAAGAUGGAUGGCUUUAAGCUCGCACGAGGAGAGGUGGUUGCUGUUAACUGUAAUGAUCGAUUCAAAGAUCUACUAGAUUUGACAACAUCUGGUGAGGAUAGCCCCAGGGAUGAUGUUUUAAACUUAAUUCGGGAAUUAAACCCUCAUAUUUUUGUGCAUACAACGAUUAGUGUAUGUCACAACUCUCCUUUCUUUCUCAAUCGGUUCCAAUCUGCUCUCUUCUACUACUCUGGUAUCUUUGAUAUGUUUGACGCUAUUUUCCCACGCCAUGAUUGUUUAAGGUUACAUUCUGAACAAGCAAUUAUGGGACCCGUCAUAAAAAAUAUCGUAGCAUGUGAGGGCAAGGAAAGGUUUGAAAGACCUGAAACAUACAAGCAGUGGCAAAGUCGCACUUUGAGGGCUGGGUUCAAGCCUCUGCCCCCAAAUUCUGAACUCGUGAAGAAGUUAAGAGACAAGGCGCGGGAAGCAUAUCACAAAGACUUUUUGUUUGCUGAAGACGGCCACUGGGUGCUGCAGGGGUGGAAAGGCCGGGUUUUAUCAUGCAGCUCUGCCUGGGUAACUCACAACGGGUGAUUGGUUGUACGUUUAAUCAUAGCCGAACUUUGCAGUUCAUGAAACGUUGCAAUUAAGAGCACGGAAACUUCCCAUAUAUCAAGCCUUUCCAUUUAUUGGUUGUGUAUGCAGUCUUUGUGAUAUUUCAUAGUGUAAUGUUUGAUUGGAAUGUAUUUCAUUUUGAAAUCUUAUGCACUACUACGAAGUAUGCAAUAAUUUGUAUUUGAAAAAGUAGAGUACUUAUUUAUUUAUUUAUUUGAAAUUCGAGUAGAAUAACAAUAUGCAUAUGUGAU